AUGAAGGUCAUGAGAGAAACUCAUGAAGGAAUCUGUGGAGCUCACCAAGGAGGAAGAAAGAUAUGCUGGUUAAUUAGAAGGUAUGGCUACUUCUGGCCAACCAUGAUGAAAGAUUGCAUUGACUAUUCCAAGGGAUGUGAGACUUGUCAAAGGCACGGCCCAAUCCAGCAGGCUCCUUCAUUUCCCAUGAAUCUAGUGGUAAAGUCAUGGCCUUUCAGAGGAUGGGCAAUGGAUCUUAUUGGUAAGAUUUAUCCAGCUAGUAGCAAACAACACUGUUUUAUCAUUGUAGCUAUAGACUAUUUCACCAAAUGGGUGGUUAAAUCCACUACAUCUCAGGAGAUCAUCACUUUCAUAGAAGAGCAGAUGAUACGAAGGUUUGGCAUUCCGGAAUCAAUCACAACUGACAGGGGAUCUUCUUUCAUAUCUGGAGAAAUGCUAGAUAUGGCAGAGGCAUUCAAAUUUAAGCUACUCCAAUCCACCCCUUACUAUGCUCAAACUAAUGGACAGGCAGAAUCAAGUAACAAGGUGAUCAUCAACAUUAUCAGAAAACUGGUUGAGAAAAAUCCAAAGCAGUGGCAUGAGAAGUUAUCAGAAACUCUAUGGUCAUACAGGACUUCAAAAAGAGAGGCAACUGGCAUGACCCCUUAUGCUCUGACUUAUGGCCAUGAUGCAAUUCUGCCUAUGGAGAUAGCAGUCCAGUCUCUUAGAAUUACUCAUCAACACAAUUUGAUUGGAGAAGACUACUCUCAAGCCAUGCUGCUAGAACUGGAAGGAUUGGAUGCAAGUAGGAUUGAUACCCUCAACAAACUCUUAGCAAGAAAGCAAGCUGUAUCAAGGGCCUACAAUAAAAGAGUUAAAAACAAGAGUUUUGAAGAAGGAGAGAUAGUUUGGAAAGCAGUUCUGCCCCUUGGAACAUACAUGGGAAAGUCCUUUCAUAAUUAA